GAGUUGGGUUGCACAACCAGGUCACUGUGGGAACUUGGACUGCUGCUCCCUGCUCUGUAUCUAUUCUGUGGCUAACUAGAGGACUUCAUUCUCCAGGGAUAUCAUCUUGGAACCUUUUGGAAGAAGCAAUAAACUCUGUAAAACAAAACAAAAAGGCCAGAUUACAAUCUCUGAUGUACAGGAUGCAUUACUGUGUAACUUGAAACAAUGAAUGCUGUGCUUGCACCCACAGGGAACAAAGUUUGUCAUCCUAAGACACCAGACCUUUAAUGAGGCUCAGGUAACCUCUGACAGUGCUUAUGGUGCUAACAAAGAGUCCCUGUCAGCCUUUGUAGAAGACUUUGAGACUUCAAUCAGCAUUGACUUUCCAGAAGAUGAGGAGUAUGUUGGUGAAGUGCUAGGCUGUGGUUCUUCAGAUAUAUCAGUUCAUGGAAGAACAGAAGAAGCUCAGCAUGCAGAUGAAAAAGAUGACAGAAACAGCAGUAUCCCAGAAGUUGUGAUCACGCAGGCAGAUGAGAAUGUAACAGAGGAAAUCGUUGAAUGACAGAAAUGGAUAUCCUGUCCAGACGGAAUCAAUGGAUAGGUAAUGGAGCAAAUGUACCUCCAGCACUGCCGCGAGUACAUCUUUGCUGAUGAACGUUGGCACGUCACGUGAUUAUGAUAGCAGCAUUGUAGUGGGGAUUUUGUAUCAAAGUAGCUAAGCAUUUGUAGUCUGUUUACUGUUUCCCUAUUUUAUUCGCAUUUCUUCUGGGUUACUACUGAAAUUAGGGUGUUUCACUGCCCAGAUCUCUUUUCUGAUUGACACGUAGACAUCUAUCAGUGACCAUCUAAAUUUUGAUUUGCACUGUUUGUAAUAGUUUUCCUUUGUCCCCAGGUGAGAUGGAUUUCUCAUUUCACACCUUGUUUACCUAACUUUGCAUUCUCAGAGUCAACUGUUAGUGCUGAAAUCUGCAUACUAACACAGAAUGGCUCGAUACUCCUUCUACACCCUCUCAGUGAGGCCACCGCAUUGGGGUGGGGGUUGGGUGGAGGAAGUGUGCUGGGAUAGAGGGAACCAAAUGCAUUAGUCUUCCAUCUGCAUUAAGGGGGACUUCCCCAAGCAAGUAAUAGGUUGGAGCCCAUGGUGGAGGCUCAGUUCUCACCACCUCCUUGGUGGCUGCUGUUCUACUUUUCUGAACCAAAAAGGCUCCAGAACAUUUUUGUUUAUGCUGAGAUUUCCAAAGGAGAUGAAAGGAGUUAAGUGUCCAACUCCUAUUGAAAUGUAUUGGGAGUUGGAUACCUAAUUCCUGUAGACUCCUUUGAAUAUCCCAGGCUUAACAUGUAGUUCUCACUUCCUCCUCGCUUGAGGAAAGUAUGUAACUACAGCCUAGAAUCCAUUCUCCUAAUCUAGAAAGCCUAGCAGGCAUAUCGUUUUCAUAAGACAUAAGAAUGGCUCUACUGGGUCAGACCAAGGGUCCAUCUAGCCCAGUAUCCUGUCUUCCAACAGUGGCCAGUGCCCGGUGCCCCAGAGGGAAUGAACAGAACAGGUAAUUGUCAAGUGCUCCAUCCCCUGUCACUCAUUCCCAGCUCCUGGCAAACAGCGUCUAGGGACACCAUUUCUACCCAUCCUGGCUAAUAGCUGUUGAUGGGCCAAGUCACCCAAGACUCUUUUUCAUUGAUAGGUGGAUAAUGUAUAGGAUUUCAUUUGUAGCACUGAUGUGAUUUUUAAAAAUUAGCAAUCGUCUAUUAAAUUAUAAUAUUUAUAGUGCACAACAACACCUUUGUUAUGACGCAUUCUGCAGAACUUCAGUUACCUAAAACUGAGAGUUCUAAAAGUGAUUUCAGAAUCUCCUGUAGCUAUUUAUUUGUCUUGCUGAUGUGUGGGGUGCGGAUUAUCAUACGAUGUUUUAACAUGCUCUAACAUAUCAUCAGAUAUGUGAAGAAGUGAGUUAAUAAUGUGAAUGUCUGCUAUCCUGCUGCUUUGUAAAACCAUUCUUAAUUUAAUCCAUACACUAAGCGCACUUUCCAGUUACAAAAAUUUAUGAUAUGUAUCAGGCAGGAGUGAAACCGUGAUACAGAAUUGUGACUGAUGUAAAACAGACAUACAAAAUGAGUAGCAUUAGGACAUUUACUUUGAAGUUUGUUAAAACCAGUAAAGUGAUAUCCACUUUAAGUGAAACCUGCUGUUAAAGAUACCUACUGGAUUUGGGGAACAUUUUACUUUUGAACUUACUUCUUGCACUUUGCCUUCCCAUUUACUAUGUUUUGUGGCAUUUGAGGCAGGCUGAAAUAGCUGACCUACUCAGGUAUCCAUAGUAUCUUUGCUUGUGGAUAACCAGAUAUUUGAGCCCGUCUGGUACCUGGAAAAAGUGACAUUUGAAUAUUUCUUAUAUGAAGAAGUUAACCAAAUAUUACUAAGAGGUUGAAAUAAAUAAUGGUUUAUCCACAUUGAGCAUAUUUCUAUAGAUAAUAAAUAUACAGAAAUAGGAAAGGUAGAAGAAAUCAUUGAACACAUUUAAAAAUAGCCGUAUUCGGACAUGAAGUAAAAGAGAGACAAGAGGGGUCGGUCAGUCUGUCUGUCUAUACACCCCCUUCCUUCUGUCCUAUACAAUUACUGUCUCUUACUUUGUUGUGUCCAAAUCUAUUGUGUGCUUGCGCUCGCUCUGUCCUAUAUUUCAUCAAUUCAUAUUUCUGUAUAUUGAUUCUUCAUCCUAUGGCAAUAUACUGAAUGCACUUCGUAUAUAAUAUAAAAAUGAUUUUUCUGCGUAUAUAAUAUACAUGCCUGAAGAGUUCUUUUGUUCAUCUCUUAGCAAAGUGAAACACUAAGUACUUCCGUACUUCCAUUAAACACGAUCCGUUUAUUCCUAGUCAGUGGUACUGACUGUGUGUUCGGAGUAUAUGAUGGAUGGUGAACCACUUGGUUAAAGAAUUUGAUUUUUUUAAAUGAAGUUUGAGUAUGGCAGACUUCUCACUUAAAAGUAAAGUCAAAAGUUUUUGCUACCUGUAGAGUCUCAAUCUCAGACCUUACCAUAGACUUUAUUUCCUCCUGUGCCACUGAUACAUCGCGCAGUCCGGUUGCUCACUAGUUGAGGUUCUACUUCCCAGGUGCUGCAAGUGCAUUCAAUAUUCUGUCACUCUCUUUUGCAAGUUAUUCCUUGGCCUUCCUAACUCUUUCCUUUCUUGGGCACCCAAUUCAAUGCUUGCUUAACAUGUCUCCCAUCUUCUGUACGGUGUACAUGUCCCCACCACUUGAGCCUUCUUUCGUCAGAUUUUGUAAUAUAUCCUGUUAGAGCAGGGUAUAUUAAUCAGAGAAAUGACAUAAUUUGAUCAUUUAAUGUAGGUUGAAAAGAUUUGCUUGUCAAAGCCUGCCUUAUUUUAUUGUAUGUUAAAGAUCAUAACAUAAAUUCUUCCUUUGAACAGAUUCAGUGGUUAUGCAGUUUGCAGACAGUUUUUAGUGUAGAGUCUAAUUUUCCUUACAGCAGUGUUUUCUGAUUCAUAAUCAAAUUUGAUUAUUUUCUAGGAAGAGUUGCAAACCACACUAUACUACUUGCUAAGAGAACAUAUCAAUUAUAUUCCAGGGGGCAGAGUACUUUCUGGCCUGGUGCUUGCCAAUAGAGGUCCGAGUGGGGUUUAUGGUUCUGAGAGCAUCUCCAGCUACUCCAUGGGUUUUCAGUGAAGUGGAACCUCCUACUUGAGCAAAUAGAUGGAAAUAGCUUUGUGAGCUAAUGUCCGAGUUAAUAUGUUUCUGACAAUUUGUGAUAAUAACCAUAGCUUUUACAUAUCAUUCUAUCUAUGGCACGCGCCCCCAGAACUGUGGUUAUCACAUAUACAACUGAAAAUUGAAGGAAAGCAGUAGAAAGCUGGGAUGAAUACUGCAACCCCAUCCCCAAACUCCAAAAGCAUUGCCACAGGUAUUCACUUCAACUUACAAAUAAUUGUAUUUAAUCUGUGCUGGCAUCUGUGAAUGUUUGAGAGAGAGAAUUUAUGCUUGCACACUUGGACAUUUGCACUGGAAUUGCACUAGUGGCAUGGCAUGUUUUGAAAUAGAACACUGCUGGACACAGCAGGGUCAGGGUUCCCAAACCACCUCACCUGGGUCCUGCCGUGGAAGGAAUUCAACCAGACAAAUGUCACAUUUCAUGACUAGUUAGUUGAUGUGAAGGUAAUGAGAAUUUAA